AAUGGGCCUCUAUACACCAAUGUAGAUAUUGCACCAAAAACCAGACAUUUGCAGCUAGAAUAAUCAUUUACCACAUUAGCAAUGUAUAGAGUGUAUUUCUUUAAAGUUAAGACUAGUUUAAAGUUAUCUUCAUUGAAAAGUACAGUGCUUUUUCUUAAAAAAUAAGGACAUUUCAAUGUGACCCCAAACUUUUGAACGCAUGAAGAAUGGAAAACAUAACGUCAUGACUUUUCCACUAGGAUGUGUCAAAGUUCAGACUCGCUGUUUUUGACUGUCCUUGGGAAAGUUGCAGUCAGUCAACGUCCACUAAGAAGUGAAGACAUUUUUAAAGAGAAAGCAAGAUGAAGAACGUGAAGAAGCACUUGUGCUCAAUGCUGCGUGUGGUGAUGCCCUGCUUUGGCUUUGCGUUGAUUUGCAUGGGCGCCUACCUGCUGUCCCAACAGGGCGGCAACGACGACGUAGACUCAUGGGCACUCAUCCUUGCUUACGUCCUGAUGGUGUCAGGCUUCCUGGCCAUCUUUGUCGGCGUCAUUUGGAGCUUCUGCCACCACAUGAAGAGCAAAGUGUAUCGGAGGAGAAGACUACAACACGACAUCCAAGUGUACACCAUUGAGAGAAGACCCAACUCCUUCCCCCCCGCCUAUGAGGAGUCCCAGGGGAGCCACCAGAGUCCACAUCCAGGGGAAGAACUGGUCCUGGAGGAGGUGCAGGUGAUCUUGGGCUUGGCACCUCCACUCUACAGCCAGGACAGCGCUCAGAGUCCAGACUGCACAUGGAGCUGGGAGCAGCCGCCUCCUUACAGUCUGUAUCCUGAGGAGAGGACUGAGGCUUCCUUCGGGAUGUGUGGAUGAGAGAGAGCGGGGUCCACAGAAUGAAGGAAGAGUUCCACACAUGCAUGAUGCACCCCCAAGUGGCUAAGGCUGGGCAUCUGCACAAUAGUGCCGAGAGAUGUGGUUACACGACAUGACAUUAGGCACACAUGGUCGAUCCAAGGACAGCCAGAGAGCAUCAAGACAUUGACACUGACUUGUUUGUGUUUCUAUUGUUUGUAUAAGGUAAUAGUACAUGUACACAUGGUUGCUUCUCCUUUUUCUGGAGUGUGUCAUGUCAUGCUGGACAGUUUACCAAUAAACAACAUUUUCAGAUUUUUGUGAGAAUA